AUGGGCUGCUGGGACUCUUUCUGUUGCUUCUGCUCUGGCCCCUUGAAUAACGCACGAGAUGAAUGGUACCUGUUUCUAAUUGACGGCGCCGGAGGUCGCAAAUGGCCGCCGGGAGAUGGAGAGUGGUAUAAUGAUCCUGGAUAUCCAGUCCCGUCUCUGCUGAUAGAAGAGAUUGUGACUAUAUCGAAUGAUGACGGCAAAUAUUGGGAUCUAAGCGUUGCCGUUACGCCCAACCAGCCUGACACUUUUGUCACCCCACUCUGCAUGGUUGGCUCCUACGGAGAUGUAUCCAUUCCCGGCGUGAAAGAUAAACUACACUUGGGUUCUGACUUAUGUCUUUUGAUACACCCCGCAUGCCUCUCUUUUCUCUGUCGCCAUACCACUAUCACCCCUCGUGAACUCUGGGAGUCAUUUUACAAAGAAAAUUCAUGCUACCAGAUGUAUGGCGGCGAACUAAAUGGACUAUUAUAUUGCGUCAACUACUAUGACAUGCAAGAGAGAAGUGGGCAGGUGUUUCAGUUUGCCAUUGAGCGCCAGUCGCCCCCGUUAGAGCGUCCCGAUCUUCCACAAACAAGAUGGUUCGAUCCGAAAAGCAUGGAAGAUACAAAGUGGCUGCUGGCUAGGCCAACUCGCCUACCGGCUCCGAAGAUUCUGCAGCCAAGUCCAGUGAAGAUCUCGGCAGUGAAGCGCCGAAAAGUUUUUGAUACUAACGAAUUAAUCGACAUCAUUCUCAGCUAUAUUGUUGACGUUCCUAGCGAAGUUCUUAAAACCGAGCUCCAGCGAAACAACCAGCAUCAACAUCUGAACGAAUCUGGAGACCUUAAUAACAAUGACCAGGGCAGUCGACGUCGAGACAUAUUUGAGCCUCCGUCUGCUAUUUUAGCGGCAAAAACUCUCCUCUCACUAGCCCAGGUAGAUCGCUGGUUCUACGAUGCCAUCAUAUAUAAGCGACAAGUUUUUUUCCUACGCGCUUUGCGUAACUUUGGCUGGAUGCUACCAUUCACACCUGCCGAUUGGAGAGACAACAGCUGGGCUGAAGAUAUCUUCGCCGACACAUCAUCUUCGCGCCAGUCUGAGAUCGAUUGGCGGCACUACAUGCUCAGUUGUGUGAAAAAGACCGACCCAAAUAUUCGCAACCGUUGGAGGUUUCACAAAAUGGCCAUUCAGUUUGCACGGGGGACGAACAAGUACAGGAGUGAGGAACACCCCGACUGGUUUUGGAACGUAGGUAGCCUUGGAUUUAAACCAAGCUUAGACAAACCAGACCCCGAGGUAUGGGAGCUUUACUCGCGGUAA